AAACCGACCGUCGUAUGAGAGGAGCGCUGACCUCUAGAGUUCAGUAUUAAACAUGUGUAAGUGGAAUCAAGGAUGUUUAUUUCUUUCGGAAUUUUACCGUUGUAAAAUUAAUUGAAAGGAUUCUGUUCUACGUGGAUUCAUUGAUGAAAAAUGUACGCAUGUUAAAUUGCCGUAUGAUUGUGUGCGUGGAUUGAUUUUUCGUUGAUGAAUUCUGUCAAUACGUGUGAAAUUUCUAUCUGAAAUUAUUUUUUGUUAGUGAAGCCAAAAAUUAUUACUCGAUGGAUAUCCAAUACAAACUAUACCUUGAUGGCUGAAUUUUAAAGUCGGAGAAUUAUUUUCUUUUAAAAUGGGAACCCCAAGCUGGGCAACAUAUUUCGAUGGCAUCGAACCCGACUAUCCCGGGAGACCACGGGAUGAGAAACAGUAUGGUUACUGUCCUCAACAAACGCCGGACACUCGAAAACGAAAGCAAGGAAUGGUGUUUCCGGGGAAUGAGUUCAAACUCCAAGACCUGGAAUACAUCUCCACCGCAGCUGGAAGAAACUCGGUAUCCGGUUCCUGGAGAAGGACUUCCGGUUCGCUUCCAUCUCGUUCUCCACAAAUGAGUCCCACGUAUUCUUCAUCGUCUAAUUUCAGUGACGCUCAGUUUCUGCCGCCCGCAUCAGUAAAUCAAGGCCGUGCUUUACCCCCUAUCCCAGUGGACGGAAUUGUACAUUCCGGAAGUGUUCGAUCUUGUAGCAGUCGUUCACAACCAAAAUCCCCAUUAGAACUGAAACUGUCUCAGAAUCAUUGUAAUCGAGAAUUGCCGCUUAUUCCGUUGGAGCACAGGCAGAAUAUUCACAACGAAUCAAAAUCGAAACGGAAACGGCCACAUAGAGAAAAGAGUUCUAGGAGAUCCCGCAAAAAUGAUGGUGACCAUGAACCGGAAACAGCAGUUGUGUUGACUGUAUCAAUACGGAAUGGAAAGAAACUGAAACAUUCCGAAAUGUUAAAUAACAAUAUAGAAGACGGUUUGACUUCGACAUUAACUGUCAAAAAACCUUUGGAAAGUACGUUGAGCCGAGAACGUGCAGCAAAGGAAGCUGACAAAAUCACAGUUCCAUUGCGCUCUAGGAUGCGCAGGAGUCGGAAGCGAUGUCUGAUCCCAAUGGUGAUCAUUACAGUCUUAAUUUUGGCAGGGCUAUUCUCUGCUGUUACAUUCGUCUUACUCAGACCACAACAAAAUGAAUCAUCAUCAUCAACAUCAUCCGAGGAAAAGAGUGGUUUAGCAAUGAUUUUAGCAAUCACGCACAUGCGCGUUUUAAACAAGAAGUAUGUAUUAGAAAUGUCUAAUUCCUCCAGCCUGGAAUUUCUACAGUUCACCCAAGUCUUUGAGGACGAUAUCAAUAACGUCUUUCUAAGGAGCAACAUCAGCUCAUAUUUUUACGGUACAAGCGUGAGUGAUCUCAGAAAAGGAAGCAUUUACACUUAUAGUGACCUUUCUUUCCAAGAUGUGGAGCCUCUUCGAAACCCGUCCAUGUUUGAAAAUAUUCUUCGAUACUCCUCAUCCCCUAUCACUUACAACAGUAUCAAAGCCAUUCGGAUUGGUGACAACAUUGUCGAUUACGACAGUAUCCAUGUGGACUUGUCCUUCAUUACUGUUGACAAAUUUCCUGACAAACCUAAGCUCAAGGAAGUAUUGCAGUUAGUGGAAGAGAAAACAAAGGCUCUCAACUCACUCAAUUCUAAAACAACAGACAAACCACGGAAGUUACAUGAUACACACAGUCCUGUCUCAGUCCAAGGAACUACAGGAGCGCCAUCUGUUGUUCAGAAGGGAGACCCAGAUGUACAUGCAGAAAAAACGGAAACUGCAACAAGAUCAAAUGACGUAACGGGAGCAGAUGGACCGGAAGAGGGAACAACAGCGACACGUAACGUCAUAGGAACAACGCCUACUGCAACAAAAUUAACAACUGUGACAGAAUCAUCUAAUAACCCGAAAGACUUUACAACAGUUUCUCCAGAGACAACAUUAUCGACGACAAAAACAACAGGAAAAACCAUUGGAUAUGAAAAUAUCAUUCGAUCAUCGAACGGCAACGCAAAUAACUUACCAGAGGUCGCUACAUCUACAGAGAAUACUGCAACAACACCAUUUGUGAAACUAACAACAGAAAUAAAUGAUACUGACGGGGCAGCACUCCAGAACACCACCGUCAUUUGUAAUUUCGGCAAUAUGGACGGAUGGAAAUUCCUCAUCAUUCAAAAUACUCCAUACAAGGGAAAACCGUAUCUCGUCAUGAAUUUAACUUCCGACGAAAGAAUCAUGAUUCCGAGAGAAAUCAAAGAGAGGCUGUAUUUGAACCUUGAUGUCAAUAGCGCUUCCGGUACAAUCCGUGUCAGCUUCCUGUUACAGUGUGAAGAUCUGGGAAGAUAUGAGUGCAAAGUACACAACGGCGAUUAUUCGUAUCUGGGUGGAGGAGAAUUAAAAUUAUUGCCUUCCAAGCCUGAAGUGACUUUACCUGUGGAAAUUAUAGACGACAAAGCGCUGCAGGAACCUUUAUUGUGCAGGAUAAACGUUGGAUACCCACCAGAGGAAUCAGAAUUUGAAUGGUCAUUCUGGUCAAAGGGAUUCGAGUCAUUUCGAAAGAUAGGAAACACAGAUAGCAGCCCUAUGAAGAGCGGCGUGUGUGGACAAAUCAAGACAAUACGUCUGAUAUUAAAAAAAGCAGUAGGACUUAACAAAGUACAACUCAAGUGUGCAGUGAAGACGAAAAGUGCGGGAAAACAGACCAAGGUCAUGGAGGACGUUGCAACCAUUAAAGUUGUCCCAAACACUAUCUGUGACGGGGUUCCAUACGACACAUACAUCAAACACCCCUAUACGUGUAACAAGUACAUCUUGUGUAGAAAUAAAGACAUUCAGGUCAAACAGUGUGCAGACAAUCUAUGCUUUGAUCCCAGCACGAAGAGAUGUGGACAAACAGGUCUGGAGAUGUCGUCUGUGGAUGCUUAUUUAAACGAGGGUGUGACUCUGUUAACAUGUCGUCUGUUACACAUCGGUUCCUGGUCGUCAAUCUCCGUUUACAAAUAUGUCUCCAAGGUCAACAAGACCAGAAUUCUUACUGUUUAUGACGGCUCCAGCAAUGUGACUGUAGAACAGGAAGUCAGUCGUCGCAUCCGGGCCACUGUAGAUAAACCCUCCAAGUACGAAGUCGUCAUUACUCUGUGGGUCUACUCUUUGGGAUGUCAGGAUGAGGGUAUAUUUUCCUGUGCAGCCGACGUACCAUUUGCAGUUCCAGAAGCGUUUGGCAGAUUGAACAUAAAAACAAAGCCGGAUGUUCCAACUGUCAGGAUACCCACUGAAAUAAUUGACAGUCGAGAACCAAGAGAAUGGUUCAGAUGCGAAGGAAACGUGGGUUAUCCAAAGGGACGGAUGUACUGGGAAAUCAAAAUGAAAGGAGAUGCAGACUUUACUGACAAAAUCCCAUUCAAAACCAAACGUGACAGUGAAAACACCACAAACUGCAAAACCUACGUCACAAACGAGUUCAGAUUCACACCAAGCGCACUGCAUGACGGGAUGGAGGUGAGAUGUGUUGUGGAAAAUCAAGAUACAAUGCCAGGUGGCAGACGACUUUACACCACGAAGGAAAUCCAUGUGAUACCAGCUAACUUUUGCGCAGGUGUAUCACGUGACAAGCGCGCGCAUCCGAACAACUGUUAUCAGUAUAUUCAGUGUCAUGACGGUUACACGUAUGUACAGAGGUGUAGCAUAGGAUUGUGCUUCAAUCCAACAACUCAAGACUGCGACAUCAGGGAAGAGGGGAAGGUCGACGUCAUUAUAGAUCCUGAUUUCCCCUGCAAGCCAAAGAGAAAUGGAGUAUACUUCGCUCAUAAAUCAAUAUGUAACAAGUAUAUAUGGUGUGUUCAAGGUCAAGAGGUCAUACAACAUUGUCCCUUGGGGACGCAGUAUUUCAAGGACGGCCAAUGCACUUUCGAAGAGGAAAAAUUUCAUUGCAGUAGAAACUCAACCGUUGUUGUGUAAUAAAGUACUGGUAUGAGCUAAUGAAUGAUUUCAUCUUUAGUGUAUUACCAGACGUGUUACGUGAGAAGCGAGAUCAUUUUACCUUGCAAGGUCUCAAAACGUUUGUGAAUGUGAAUGGAACUUGGGGAUAUCAACAAUCUUGAUGAUUUUUUUCAGAGCUCAGGAAUUGUGCCGUAUCGAUAUUUAUUCUGUGUAAUCUCCUAAAACGUUCAGCUGACGUAAAUACUUUUUAUAGCUUUAAAAAAGCAAACAUUGUUACAAACUUUCCUGUACAGUUUAGAGGUUAUGAAAGUGAGCUAUAUUUUACAAAUGCAAAUUAGAUUUCAUACAGGACCUUGGUUUAAUAUAUUUCAUUGCAUAUUGUUAUUUCAAAUUUGAAAUCAUUAGAUUUCUAUUGCUUUGGUGUCGAGGUUUUCGUAAUGUACUUGUAUGUAAGAUAUUUUAAAGAUACAUUGUAUAAAUUUUAUUUUCAUAACUUUGAUAUUUCUCAUACAGUUGUCGUAUACUUAUAAGUUAUAAUCAUAUUAAACUUGUAUGUUGAUUUAAUAUUCUACAAAACCACAGAUAAAGACAUAAAGCUCAUCAAUGGAAAAUCCGUUUUGUUUCCAUCGUGUGUCAAACUUUACAUUUUAUAUACAUGCAUCUCAAGAGGAGCUAUUUGAAAUAACAGGUGCUAGAAGUUAUGCAGGUCCAAUCAAGGGCGUUCGGGGAUUUAUCCCGAAUUGUAUUCCUUACACCCUGAGGUCGAAAGGUGUAUGGGUGAAUGCCUCAGCACCCCUGAUUGGACGUGGAUAACGAAUUUAUUUCCUUAUGUAACCAAAUAAACUUGUUAUCCAAGUUCUAUCAUGACCGGAUGACAAAAAAUAUCAGUAUCUAGUCUAGGACUAAUUAAUUUGUUUCAUUCAAAUGAAAGCUGUGCUAUUUUGAUUAAAUUUGUGAUAGUAAUGCUUCGAAGUUUAGAAUUGUGAUUAUCAUUAUAUUUAUCAUUUAUCUUUAUAUUUGCAUGUUGAGAGACAAUUGCAUUGUGACGUUACAUUAUUUCGGCCGGGUAUGCGGAAAUUUACACCCGGCUAAUUAACCAAUCAAAACUCCUCUUACAAGUUACACAGGAAAUGAUAUUCCUGACAUUUUGUUGUACAGAUUUGCUCUAUUUAUUGAAGUCUGUGAUGUACUUUCGUUUUGUUAUUAUAUAUCGUUUGAGAAUGCAAUAAAUGGUUACGAAAUG